ACAGAACCUUCAACUGUGGCGAUUUUUGAAGGUCUAAUUCUUCUUCUGUCUGCUACUUACUAUUGUAUUAUCACGAAUACAAUAGUCUGCUUACUACUUACUAUACUUACUUACUACACCAUCACCUCAUCCAUCACCGCCACCCCCAGUACCCAGCACCCAGCACAGCACGACUCAUCUGCGCCAAGAGAUACAAGGGAUACGACCCAUCGAAACUUUCCCAUAGCCUGCAAUCUGCUAGAUUACUACUAUAACCACCAAAACCGUCCCAUACCGUCCAUACUAUACCUGCAUGUCGACAUCGCACGCCAUCCCGCACCCUCUUCACACCAACCCCAACCGCCACUCCUCUCAUACCAACACCACACUCACUCACUAUACAAAAUAAUACACCGACAUUACCGCAUAACACACGGACAAGCAACAAAACACCGCAACCAAGCACAGAUCAUCAAACCCGUGGCGACAUCGGGGCGCGCCAUUUCCCCAUCUGAGUACGCCAGAACGCCAUCCAAGCCCACCAGCCCGCUAUAUCCCCCCCCCCCUUCGUCCGCUUCCUUCUCUCCAUGUCCGAUCUGCCACGUCCUGCACGUGAGAACAAACUUCGCCGCGGAGACCGAGACCACGAGGGACCAGCUGAGUCUGAACUGUCCUGUGCGACUUAACUACUUGGCCAUUCUCUCUCCUCCUCACCUCUCCUCUCUCUCGACAAACACAACACACACAAUGCCAACCACCACCAUGGCCACCGCGCCGGCCUCGCCUCCCCCCUCCACCUCAACAAACAACGGAACCCCCUUCCCCUCGCCGCCCACCCACGACAGCUGCAACGACAGCUACGAGAAGCACUCGCACGACGACGACGACGACACCCUCACGCGCAUGCGCAUGGCGAGCUCGAACAAGAUCGCCGGGCGCGCCAUUGCGCCUUUCCUCGCAAGGCAUAUCCCCGCGGCCUAUGCGCCUACGGGGACGGCGAGGGAGGGCGUGGAGAGGGAGAAGGAUCCGAGUACCAAGUUUUGCUAUAGGCAUCGGCCGGAUUUGAAGUGUAGGCGGACGGCGGAUGAGCCGUCGAUGGAUCAUUUGCAGAGGGAACUCGAGAGCUUGUCGCAGGCCGACCAGCAAGGCAUAUCACACGUCUGGUCGCUCUUCUCCGCGGCCCCCGCAAAACACCGAAACCUCAUGCUCCAAGGCAUCCUCACCCAAUGCUGCUUCCCGCAGCUCUCCUACCUCUCCACCGCCGUCCGCGACCUCAUCCGCAUCGACUUCAUCACCGCGCUCCCCUCCGAAAUCUCCUUCAAAAUCCUGUGCUACCUCGACACCACCUCCCUCUGCAAAGCAGCACAGGUCAACCAGCGCUGGCGCAGCCUAGCGGAUGACGAUGUCGUCUGGCAUAAGAUGUGUGAGCAGCAUAUCGAUCGCAAGUGCGUGAAGUGCGGGUGGGGACUCCCCUUGCUCGAGAGGAAGAGGUUGAGGGAUUGGAAGAGGCAGCAGCAGCUGCGCGCGACGGGGAGGGGACUGAAUGAGUGGUCCCCGCAACUCACGCCGCAGCCUGAGGCGGGGGAUGGGGCGGCGAUACCGAGGCUGGAGUUGGUCGCCGCGGUGGAUCAGAAUGGGAGGAAGCGCUCGGCUUCUUCGUCGCUGUCGGAAGAUGGAAAUGCCUCGCCUACUCAGAUUAAGAAACUCCGCACGCUCGAACCCGUAGCUAAUGGCGCGGUUGUAUCGCGUACUAGCACACCCCGCUUCAGGCCGUGGAAGGAGGUAUACAAAGACCGCUUUAAGGUCGGGACAAAUUGGAAGUACGGGCGGUGUACAACCAAGGUGUUUAGGGGGCACACGAACGGCGUUAUGUGUCUCCAGUUCGACGACUCUAUCCUCGCGACAGGGUCAUACGAUACUACCAUCAAGAUCUGGGAUAUCGAUACCGGCAAGGAACUCCGCACCCUCCGCGGCCACACCUCAGGGAUCAGGUCUCUGCAAUUCGACGACACGAAACUUAUUAGUGGCUCCCUAGAUCGCACGCUCAAGGUAUGGAAUUGGCGCACGGGAGAGUGCAUGUCCACCUACCAGGGCCACACGGGUGGCAUAAUGUCCCUCCACUUCGACGGCAACCUCCUCGCCAGCGGCUCCGUCGAUAAAUCAGUCAAGAUCUGGAAUUUCUCAGAUAAAUCCACAUUCUCCCUCAAGGGCCACCGCGACUGGGUCAACGCAGUGAAAGUCGAUUCCGCAUCCCGCACCGUCUUUUCCGCUUCAGACGACUGCAGUAUCAAACUAUGGGACCUCGAUUCCAAAGUCUGCAUCAAGACUUUUGAAGGGCAUGUUGGACAGGUCCAGCAGGUUUUACCGCUGCCGGCGGAUUAUGAACCGGAGCUUGAUGAUACCACCCCCCCGACGGCAGAUGACGCAUCUUCCAACGCCUCAUCAGCUGAACUUCCCAACCCCUCCGACCUCCGCUCCACCUUCGGCCCCGCCUUCACCGCCGGCUGCGCCACGAACCGCCCCCUGCCACCACGGUACAUGUUAACCGGCGCGCUGGACUCCACCGUCCGCCUCUGGGACGUCUACACGGGCCGCUGUCUUAAAACAUUCUUCGGCCACGUCGAGGGGGUUUGGGCGCUGGCGGGGGAUACACUUAGAGUUGUGUCAGGGGCGGAGGAUCGCAUGGUGAAAGUGUGGGAUGCGAGGACGGGGAGGUGCGAGAGGACGUUUAUGGGACAUGCGGGGCCGGUUACGUGUAUUGGCUUGAGUGAUAGUAGGAUUUGUACGGGGAGUGAGGAUUGUGAGGUUAGGUUGCAGAGUUUUAAGGGGGAUUUGGGGGAGGGGGAGGGGGGGGUGUAG